CUUCAUUGAUUAUUUGAAUACGCUGCGUCGAUUAAAUAAAAAUGGCGGACGGAAUUGACAGACGGGCCGAUGACAAAAUGGAGUUUAACACCUCCAGGGAGGUCACCGUUGCUCCCACCUUUGAGGAUAUGCACUUGAAGGAAAGCCUUCUCCGUGGUAUUUAUGCGUAUGGAUACGAGUCUCCCUCGGCCGUACAGUCACGAGCCAUUGUCCAGAUUUGCAAGGGUCGCGACACGAUCGCCCAAGCGCAGUCUGGUACUGGUAAGACUGCGACAUUCUCGAUCAGUGCUCUUCAAGUUAUCGAUACUGUUGUUCGCGAGACUCAAGCCCUCGUCCUCUCCCCCACCCGUGAACUUGCGACGCAGAUCCAGUCCGUUAUCAUGGCCCUCGGUGACUACAUGAAUGUCCAGUGCCACGCUUGUAUUGGAGGCACAAAUAUCGGAGAAGACAUUCGGAAGCUCGACUACGGCCAGCACGUCGUCUCAGGGACACCCGGUCGUGUUGCGGAUAUGAUCCGAAGGCGCCAUCUGCGCACAAGACACAUCAAGAUGCUCGUUCUUGAUGAAGCCGAUGAGCUCCUCAACCGGGGAUUCCGUGAACAAAUAUAUGACGUCUACCGUUACCUCCCUCCGGCUACACAAGUGGUUGUCGUCUCUGCGACCCUUCCGUACGAUGUGCUCGACAUGACGACCAAAUUCAUGACAGACCCCGUCCGCGUCCUGGUCAAGCGUGAUGAAUUGACAUUGGAGGGAAUCAAACAAUACUUUAUCGCCGUCGAGAAGGAAGAGUGGAAGUUCGAUACCCUGUGCGAUCUUUACGACACCUUGACUAUCACGCAGGCCGUUAUCUUCUGCAACACUCGCAGAAAGGUUGACUGGCUCACAGACAAGAUGCGUGAAGCCAACUUCACAGUCUCAAGCAUGCAUGGCGAGAUGCCCCAGAAGGAACGUGACAGUAUUAUGCAAGAUUUCCGCCAAGGAAACUCACGGGUUCUUAUCUCUACUGAUGUCUGGGCUCGUGGUAUCGAUGUCCAGCAAGUCUCACUUGUCAUUAACUAUGACCUUCCCACCAACCGUGAAAACUACAUUCACCGCAUCGGUCGUAGCGGACGAUUCGGCCGGAAAGGUGUUGCCAUUAACUUCGUCACAAGCGACGACGUGCGCAUCCUGCGCGAUAUCGAAUUAUACUACUCCACCCAGAUUGACGAGAUGCCCAUGAAUGUUGCCGAUCUUCUUUCCUAAACUUCCUAUUAACCUAUCGUUGCACUUCUAUCUCGGUCAUAUUAUACCUCUCUUCGUCACGUUCAAAAUGUUCUUAUGAACUUCAUUCUCUCAUGAUCGCAAUCUUCAAAACCAUCUUCCACCUUCGCGUCCAAAGGAUCUCAGGCUUGGUCCAAAGAGAGUCCCGGCCCAACCGCGAACAUCCCUCUCUAGCCAGACAUAUCCAGGAACAGACGCAAACAAGGCAAACAAGGCAGGGCAAACACAACGCAGAGUGGAGGAAAUGGGAAAAUAACCAAAUUGGUAAGCCUUCCCUAGGCCAGUCGUGAGGAAAAGGUGCUAAAACCGUCUAUUCUAUCCUAUAGUUACUCGUAUUUCAACCCCAUAAAAUAGUCUGUUUCAGUUAAGGAAUGACAUAGUACGGAUAGCUUCGGAG